UCAAUAAAGUUACAAAAGCCGCAGUCGUCACAUUGUUUGGCGGACGGUUUUGCAUUUUAUGCGACUGUGAUUCCAGCUUAAUCGCCUGCUAGUAACAGUCUCAGUCGUAAAUCGCAGCUGAUUCAGUGCAGUUACAGUCGCGGGCCUCACGUCGCCGCUUACACAUUGUUGCCAUUGUUUUUGUUUACGCAAUUUCAAUUUGAAGUCGUCGCUUCGUGCUUGCGAUUGCGGUUCGCGUGUAAUUGGCACUAAUUUGCGGUCAUAUCAAGCAGUCAUCUCACAUUUGUUUACGCUGACAAUACGCCUGCGCGUAAUCCAACGCGUUGUGCUACUGUGCGCUGCAAGCUUUUAUUACAAAAACCGUUUGAAGUGCGAACAUUUAUUACUACUUAUGUACUUGAAGUGCGAGUUUUAUGCGAAAAUACAACAAUUACCACACUUGCUUUAAGAGCUUCUUCAACGCCGUUUGAUCAAUCGAAGUGUCAGUAUGUCGGCUGAAAGUGAGAAUGCAAAUAACUUUUGGCUGCUAAUGUGUUUGGUAAUCGCCUGCGGUGUCGUGUGCCAAAGCGCAGGUGAUUCCCACAUCAGAGCCAGAUACAAGCCAAUGGGUGUGGAUUUGUUCGACCACGAGUUCAUUAGUGCUCCAGAUCCCUUGGCUUCCAAUAUAGAAGAUUGGGAUGAAAGUGAAACAGGAAUGGACGAUCCGGAAACAAUGCCACGUCUCUUUCAAGGCGAUAUUGCGAUAGACCCGUACACUUAUGUAUCGCUUAGACUGGGCGUUAACCCAAUGAAGCAUCCAAAACGUCUGUGGCCGAACGCUACCAUUCCCUUCGAGAUCAGCCAUUUAUACACGAACAACGAACGCAUGUCUAUAGAACGGGCCCUACAAACAUUCAAUGCUUUGACUUGUGUUAAUUUUGUACCAUAUGAUGGCGAGGAAGAGGAUUACGUACACAUUACACCGCCAGUAGAUGAUGCACCGCCCGGCUGUUGGUCGUAUGUGGGAAAACGUGGUGGAGAACAGGUCGUAUCUCUACAACAACCCGACGAGAAUAGCGCGCACUGCUUCAGCAGCGAAGGACGCAUCAUGCACGAGCUCAUGCACGCCAUCGGUAUUUAUCACGAGCAGUCCAGAGCGGAUCGGGAUAACUUUGUGAAAAUUCAUUGGGAGAACAUCGUGCCCAAAUAUCGUAAAAAUUUCAAGUUAAUUUCGAAGAAAAAGGGCAAACAUGCGUUUGAUUAUGAUUAUAACUCCGUUAUGCAUUACGGUGAGUUCUACUUCAGCAAACAGAAGGGGGAGAAGCCUACAAUGACACCACUACAGCCAGGUGUGCGCAUAGGCCAGCGGAAGACUAUCAGCAAGACAGACUGUCUGAAGAUCAAUGAUCUGUAUGGUUGCUUGAACGGCAGGCAUGCGAGAAUGUACAGGAGUUUCUGCAAUUUAUUGGGACUAUGAAAAUGAAAAUCUACGAACUAUCACUAGCUAAAUAAUAUCUGUAUAUGUGGAAGACUUUAAUUUAUCACACAUUUAUUUAAAAUAUUAAAUCAUAUUGAUUUGCAAAUAUAUUCACCAAAUAAAUGUGAACUUUAUAAUGAUUAACUAAUUUUUAAGAUUGUAAUAUUGUCAUAUAUAUUUUUACAAAUAUAACAUUUUUUAUACGCUUUAAUAUUUAAGA